AAACUAGCUAUAAUUGGCCAGAGUCUGUUCGGCCAGGAGGUGUACAGCAACCUGAGGAAGCAGGGUCACAAGGUGGUGGGUGUGUUCACAGUCCCCGACAAGGAUGGCAAGGCCGACCCCCUGGACUGACGCAUCGAACAGAGGGCUGGGGGCCGUUCUGUCUCAGCAGGUGCAGGGAGUCGACAGCCUGUACAUCAGCAGGAAGCUCUCUGAACAAGAAUCUUGAUACAGCACCAUAGAGAAAGUGUCUGGCCAUCCGGUGGGCGGUCGAGACCCUGCGGUAUUACCUGCUGAGAUGCCCUUUCACCCUCUGUUCGGACCACGCUCCCCUCCAGUGGUUUCACAAAAUAAAGGAUGCCAACAGCCCUUUAAUUUCAGAGUGGUCCAUAGGUCAGGCGCUGGGGGUUUGUGGAGGUGAGCGUGGUUUCGAGUCAGCUGCGGAGAGGGAGAGGUGGGGGAGUGGCUCAGGGGAGCAGUACCAGGGAGAGCUAAUUGUCACAGCUGAAACACAUUGACUAAUUAUGCUCUCCCCUAUAUAUGCAGUAGUGUGCUGGACCUCGGCCCCUUUUCCCACACACACACGGACAACAGCAAACUGAUGGCUGGUGAAUGUCAUGAUUCAUGGUGGAACUGUGAUCAGAAAAAAGAAAGACUCGAUCAUUGCAUGAAGCCGGGCAAAUCAACGGCGGUGAUUGAGUACCGAGUGUGUGUUUAGUAGUGUGGGGAUCAACGAGUAAAAUAAAAGUGUGUGAAACGUGUGCCUCCGAGUCUGUGUGUGCCAAAAGAAACCGCAGUAGCCAGAGAAUUGCUACACAGACCUAAAAUUUGAUCACAGGAUAUUGGAUGCUGACAUGCUUUGUAUUACAGAAACAUGGUUGCAACAUAAUGCACCACAUAAUAAUAUUGAAAUGCCAGGAGGGACAUUUCACCAUAAAGUAAGGUCUCAAUCAUACAGCAACAUGGCAAUUUUCUCUGGUUUACAGAUAGAACAACAUGGUGGUGUUGGCUUCUAUCACAAAAACCACAUAAUUUGUAACAUUCUUUAUGUGCCUUGUAGUGACAUGAAAGCCAUAAUGUUUAAUGUUCAGUCUCUCAACCACAAUUACAUAGUGCUAUAUAGACCGCCAUCAUAGAAAAUUAGCCUAUUCAAAAAAAACCCUGACUACUAUAGUUUGCAACAAAAGCACCACCUAGUAACCGAUUGGCCAAAUUUUGCACUGAGCCUCAGUGGGGCAUGGGAAAGUACUGGCUCAAGUUUCGUAUUAUUUGGACAGUCCUAUGUGGAGAUAUGACAUCAUUUCCUGUUUUACUGCAACCUAUAGGAAGUUGUUCCUUUUUAACUUGCGCAUUUUUUGGAGUAUCAACAUUCUUUUAACAACUUUUGAUCAUGAUGGUCCAUAGAUUCUAUGUGCAAAGUUUCAUGCAGAUGAGACUCACUGCCUAGGAGGAGUUGAAAAAAGUAUAUUUGUAUAUUGCAUUAUCUUUCAACAACACCACCACCUAGUUCAGUUCACUUCAAUUUUAUUUAUAUAGCGCCAAUUCAUAACAGAAUCUCAUCUCAUUGCGAUGCUAAGACCACGUAGAAUUUUUUUUUUCGUGGCCAAUUGGCACGAAAUUUUACACAGAGCCACAGUGGGGCAUAAGCUACUGAGAACCUAUGUGGAGAUAUUGAUAAUAGUUAAAUUUUUUCAUAUUUUGAAAAAAGUGACGGACUUCUUAAUUGACCAUAGGUUGCUGUGAGGCAAACUUUUUUCACACGUCAGUGGAUGUGCUGAAAAAAUUUCAGCUCUGAAGGACGUACGGGUGGUUUUUUGAAGUCUAGAAAAGUACAUUUAUUGUAAUAAGCCACGCCCACUUUUAUCGAUCAUUACCACAUUUUAUGCAUCAGCCGAUUAUGAAAUAUAAACUUUUCACAUUUGUAGCGCCACCUAGUGGCCAAUUGGCACCAAAAUUUGCACAGAGCUUCAGUUGGGCGUGGGAAAGUAUUGGUCCAAGUUUCAUGUUAAUCGGACAAAUCUAUGUGGAGAUAUGACAUCGCUUCCUGUUUCACCGCAACCUACAGGAAAUUGUUCCUUUACGUUUUUUUUGGAGUAUCAAAAUUCUUAUAAUAACGUUUGAUCAUGAGGGUCCACAGAGUUCACGUGCAAAAUUUUCUGCAGAACAGACUCACGGUCUAGCAGGAGAUUGAAAAAGUAGGUUUUGCAUAUAUCUGCGAUUUUGCAAAACCAAAUUACAGGCGUAAAUGGGCAUGUCCUAUAUCACGAGAUGCAGCUCAAUUCAGGGAACACGUCCAUGUAAGGUUUUUGAAUGUGACGUACUAUGUGGGAGUUACUGGCCAAAACGCAUAUACCUUGAUUAUAGCGCCACCUGCUGGUUGAUGUGUCAUUUUUGGUGUCUGAGGUGUGUGCACGGGUCUAUACCACAGCUGUGAAACUCUUACGGUGUAGGCUGCAGUACCACUUUUACCAUCAGAAAAAAAAAAAAGUGUGGUUCCGUGCCCCCUCGGGCAUGGACCCCUCAUACACAGUACAAAAACAAUAAGGUUCCUGCACUUUGUACUUGGACCCCUAAAAAUGCUGCAGUACAGCAAUGCCAAAGAUGUUUGAGGUUAUUUGUAAGUACUGUCAACAUUACAUGUGAGGUAAUGUAGUACAUCAUGGUCAUAAUUCUUUAAUAACCUAAUUUAAGGCAUCUUAAAAAUUAUUGUGUAAAAUUAAAUAUUGGCCAAUCAUUAUUAGAAUUUUUAAGCUCUUAAAUAUCAGUAUCGGCCUCAAAAAUCAACUAUCUCUUAUAUGAAGGUAGGGAAUCAAUUUAAAAGCUGCUGCACUUGAGGCACCAACCAUGAACCGCAAAGUCCCCAGUUUGGAACCGACCAGGGUCAUUUCCCAUCCAUCUCUUCCCUCAUUUUCUGUCAAAUCUUUACUUUCCCAAUUAAAUAAAGUAAAGAAAUGCCCCAAAAAUGAUUAUAUAUUUAAAAAAUGUCAGCAUAAAAGUAAAAUAUACAGGUAAAGGGCUAAAAAAUACAACUGGUAAAGCCCUUUACGAUAGAUCUGGACAAUAAGUAAAUAAAACAUUGAUAUGAUUAAAUAAGAUUCAAUAUCAUCAGGUAUUUGGUCAUCAUAAUAUUGAGAUAUGUCUUAAAUGUUGUCUUUUUUAUGGCUGUGUUACAUUUAACUGAGUAUUCUACUUUUUUGGUCUUUGUAUUAAGAUUACAAAUUAUUUUAAAAGUGCUUCCUAAAGCACCAGAAGUGAUCACCAUAUAUCAUUUUAUAUUGAUUUUGAUGUAUUAGCAUAAAAUAUCACUGAGUUUGUCAAUAUUGCCCAGUGCUAAUUCCCGUCUGGUGAAUGAUUUCUCAACUGAAUUUCCAGAAAAUUUGCUAUUUUAUGAUAUACUGGCUAAAGUGAUGUGAAAUUACAUAUAGCAUGACAGAAGACUUUAUCCAUAUUGCCCACCCAGAGUUUAAGACUUAACAUUAAUAAGGGCAUUUUUAUAAUAAUAGUACUCAGUAGUACUCCUGCAUCAGACUUAUUUUCAGCUUUCUCUACUCUAUCGGUAAACUCUUCUUUUUCAGCAGUGGCGGCAGAGAAGGAUGGGACGCCGGUGUUCAAGUUCCCACGGUGGCGGGUCAAGGGGAAGCCCAUCCUGGAGGUGGUGGAUGCCUACAAGGCGGUGGGCGCCGAGCUCAACGUCAUGCCCUUCUGCUCCCAGUUCAUCCCCAUGAACAUCAUCGAUCACCCCAAGCAUGGCUCCAUCAUCUACCACCCCUCCAUCCUGCCCCUGCACAGAGGAGCCUCAGCCAUCAACUGGACUCUGAUCCACGGUGAUAAGAAAGCUGGCUUCACAGUGUUCUGGGCUGAUGAUGGACUGGACACCGGACCAAUUCUGCUGCAGAGGGAGUGUGCUGUCGAGCUGAACGAGACCGUGGACACACUCUACAACCGCUUCCUCUUCCCAGAGGGCAUCAAGGCUAUGGUGGAGUCAGUGCAGCUCAUCGCUGAUGGAAAGGCCCCUCGAGUUCCACAGACAGAGGAAGGAGCAACCUAUGAAGGCAUUCAGAAGAAAUCCAACGCCAAGGUCAACCUGGCCCAGCCAGCUGAGGCCAUCCACAACUGGAUCCGCGGCCAUGACAAAGUCCCUGGUGCCUGGACUGUCAUUGAUGGUCAGUAUGUGACCCUGUAUGGCUCGUCCAUGUUGGCUGGAGCGGUACCAGCCGGUCAGCCCCUGGAGAUGGAGGGGGCGUCCCAGCCCGGCCUGGUCACCAAGAAUGGGCUCGUCCUGUAUGGAACUGAUGGGAAAGCUCUCCUGGUGAAGAACCUGCAGUUUGAAGAUGGGAAGAUGAUCCCUGCUUCCAAAUACUUCUCCUCUGGGGAAAGCUCUAGUGUGGAACUGACAGAUGGUGAGAAGAAGAUGGCAGAGGAGAUCAGGAACAUCUGGAAGGGCAUUCUCAGCAACAUUCCAGCCAUUGAGGACACCACAGACUUCUUCAAGUCUGGAGCUGCCUCCAUGGAUGUGGUCAGGCUGGUGGAGGAGGUGAAGCAAAAGUGUGCCGGCGUCCAAUUGCAGACCGAGGACGUGUACAUGGCUACCACCUUCCAGGGCUUCAUCCAGAUUUUCAUCCGCAAGCUGAGAGGAGAGGACCAGGAGGAGGAGCUGGUCAUCAACUAUGCAACCAAAGAAGUGAACAACAUGACCGUGAAAAUGCCAUACCAGUGUUUUAUCAAUGGCAAGUUUGAGGAUGCAGAAAACGGCAAGACCUAUGAUACCAUCAACCCUACUGAUGGAUCAGUGAUUUGCAAGGUGUCCUACGCCUCAGUGGGGGAUGUGGACCGGGCGGUGGCAGCUGCCAAAGAAGCUUAUGGUAAUGGACCCUGGGGCAGGAUGAACCCUAGGGACAGAGGAAGUCUGCUUUAUAAGCUUGCAGACCUGAUGGAGGAACACCAGGAGGAGCUGGCCACCAUCGAGUCCAUCGACUCAGGAGCUGUGUACACACUGGCCCUCAAGACACACGUAGGCAUGUCCAUCCAGACCUUUCGAUACUUUGCCGGCUGGUGUGACAAGAUCCAAGGCAAGACGAUCCCCAUCAACCAAGCCAGGCCCAAUCGCAAUCUGACUUUCACUAAGAAAGAACCUCUAGGUGUGUGUGCCAUAGUCAUCCCAUGGAACUACCCUCUCAUGAUGCUGGCAUGGAAGAGUGCUGCCUGCCUCGCAGCUGGAAACACAUUGGUUCUUAAACCUGCACAGGUCACUCCGUUGACUGCACUGAAGUUUGCUGAGCUGUCAGUGAAAGCUGGCAUUCCAAAAGGAGUCAUAAACAUUUUGCCAGGCUCAGGUGGCAUGGUGGGACAGCGUUUGUCUGACCACCCAGAAAUCCGCAAGCUGGGCUUCACUGGCUCCACACCUAUUGGCAAACAGAUCAUGAAGAGCUGUGCAGUCAGUAACCUGAAGAAGGUUUCUCUGGAGUUGGGAGGGAAGUCUCCUCUCAUCAUCUUCAGUGACUGUGACAUGGACAAGGCUGUUCGCAUGGGCAUGAGCUCUGUGUAUUUCAACAAAGGUGAAAACUGCAUUGCUGCUGGACGUCUGUUUGUGGAGGAGUCAAUUCAUGAUGAGUUCAUCAGCCGAGUGGUGGAAGAGAUCAAGAAGAUGAAGAUUGGAGACCCACUGGAUCGCUCCACAGACCAUGGCCCACAGAAUCACAAAGCCCACUUGGACAAGCUGCUGGAGUACUGUGAGAUCGGAGUGAAGGAGGGAGCUACGCUGGUGUACGGAGGCAAACGGGUGGACAGGCCAGGUUAUUUCAUGGAGCCCACCGUGUUCACUGAUGUGGAGGACCACAUGUUCAUCGCCAAAGAAGAGUCCUUUGGCCCCGUCAUGGUGGUGUCAAAAUUCAAAGAUGGCAACGUGGACAGCGUGUUGCAGAGAGCCAACGACACAGAGUAUGGCCUGGCCUCGGGUGUGUUCACCCGAGACAUCAACAAGGCCAUGUACGUGAGCGAGCGGCUGGAGGCUGGAACGGUAUUCGUCAACACCUACAAUAAGACAGACGUGGCUUCACCUUUUGGAGGUUUCAAGCAGUCUGGUUUCGGCAAAGACCUCGGAGAGGAUGCCCUCAUGGAAUACCUCAAAACCAAAGCAGUGACUGUGGAGUACUGAGGCACAGACUCCCCUAACGAACUCUGACCCACAUCUGAAUAGGAAGGGACUCGUCUGUCUGUCAGACAUCUUAAUUCAGCAUUGCUUCUGGACUGUGUGUGUGUACUGUAUGAAUGAGAGGAGAGCUUUGUUGUUCGUCUCAGCCACAGUUUGGACAACGUCUUUUCUUGGCUUUCUGCGUGGAAAUUCACAUCAUGGACAAGGGACAUGUGUGGUUUCUACCAGUCUGUAUACCUACGCGUAAAACCCUGAGUUGGACGCCUGAUGUGAGCUGAGCUGGGUCUGACUGUAUUUUUUUUUUUAAGGUUUAAGUUCCAUUAAACACACUCACCAUUUUCAACCUGAAACCUGUUUUCCCAUUAUCAAUUAUGUCAAUCAAUUCUGUAAAAAACAAAAAAAACAAAUUGAAAAUCAUUGGAAGUCAUGUCUCUCAUUCACUUGUAAUGUUGCCUUCACCAUUCCUUUGUUUACUCUUUGGGAGCUUCUGGGCUGCUGUGUACCAUACUAGAAAAAUAGCUCUUAGUUUAUGGAUGAAGUAAUGUGUUCAUGAAUGUGAAUGUCGAAGCUUGAGUUCAGAUGCCUUUUGGGUUGAGCUUUGGAGUAGCCAGUUCCCUGCCUGACAGAACUUAACUGUACCUGAUUAGCAAACAAAAUAUAAGUAACUCCAUAGUAAAACUAUUGGUCAUCGACAUGAUGGUAAAACAGGAUUCAGGUUAAAAAGCCAGAUUUUCAUUUAAGUCCUUAAUCCACAUAAAAGCAGUUUGAGAAAAUAAUCUUAACUCAAGGUCCACUUACCAGCUUUUUUUCAUCGUGCAAUGCGGUCAACAGCUUGGGGGGGAAAGUCAGUAAGUUGACCUUGAGUUGAAGAGUAGCUAAACACCAGGCUGAAAACCAGUGUCUCACUGCCCUCUCUGGUUGAACUGUUCAGGUCUGUUUCACAAUCACAUUCUGGGUGUGGUCAGAAUUGUGUAUCUGCAUCUGUAACAGCACCCUACAGCGACGUCACAGUGUACUGACACACUCCGGAGUACACUUCUACACUGCAGCAAGGUGACAGGUUAACCCACUGGAGGUCAGCAACAACUAGAUUUUCAGGGGGUGAUAUUAUAUAUUAUUUACUUACUAUUUCCAAAGUCAAGAAUGAACUUUCACACUCACACAAAAACAGUUGUUGACACUAUUUUAUUCUUAUUGAUUAAAGUCUUAAUGAGGACUGAU